AAUCCCGUGUUUUUGCUCUCCGGCUUGAACUUGGACAGGCUAUGCCCCCGUCCUAGCUCAACAGUGCUAAUGUUAUAACCUCUUCUCCCCUUCCCCCAUCUUCCCCUCAAGAGUAUUUUGAAAUCUUGUUCAUUCAAACAGCCCCAGGCCAGACAGAGCCUUUGGGGCUCCCUGCCUGGACCUCUGUACCCAGCUGAGCACUGCUACCUUGCUACCCUGAGAAAAGGACUUGGACCUGACGUCCUAUCCCCACAGCUGCUAGGUGGGGGUCUCAGGGGACAACAGCCCUUCCUUGGCUGCGGCGGCUCACUGGUUUCCUCGGUGUCUCCUCCCCAUGGAGGAAGCAGCUGGGGAAGAUCAGGAAGAGGGUGGAGGAGAGCGGGGGUUGGGGGUGGAUUAGCGGAGUCUCUGGAAAAGCACAGCCUAACCCAGGGCUGAGCCCAGCAGCUUAGAGUGAUGAGGAGCCCGGCACAGGUCAAAGUGGGAGGCGAGUUGGGGAGCAGGAGAGGGGAGUGGGGCCAUGAAGUCUGUAAUCACUGGGAAGGUGACCCUCCCCAUGCCUCAGCCAGGCAGCCUCCUCCCUUGGGUCCCAGAGUUCUAGGCUGGGGCAGAUGUCACAGUAAAGGUCACCUGAUAUGGUCAAAUCCAGCUGCUCUCCUCGGCCUCGGGCUCUGAUUGAACCCUGAAUAGUACUCUAGCCUUUCCUGACCCAUACUGUAGGGGAUAGAGACCAAGAGCAGGUCGCUUAGUGACCCAGUGACCCAGAGCGACCACUGGGGUGGUCUCUGCUCCGUGCCUGCAGUUGGCAUGAUAGCUCUGUUCUUCUGUGGCCAGAAAGGUACCCCAGAACAGCUCUGAAUGGUCAGGCACUUUCUCUGGCUGGUCUCACUGCUCUGUUCCACGUGGUCAGUGAAAGGUCCUAGUGCUGGUGCUCCUCAGGACUUUCCCCUGGUCCCCCAAGUGGCCUGGGCACACCUCGUGAGCCCGUGAGUGCUGAAGGUUCAGAGGUGCUUCCCAGGCAUAGCUGGCAAGCUGGCCCCAGCCUCCCAUCUGCACACAGAUGGAACAGUCUGUGUUUUCCUGGCAGGGUCCCGGUGGCAUCAAUGAGGGAGGCUGGGCAUCCCAGGGAACCUCAUGGCUUGGAGGCCAAGCCUCCCCUGGGCCUGGCUGCCACCACACUGCUGAGAAGUAAACAAACCCAGCCUCCCAGGGCCACAGCCAGCCACUCUACCAGGGAGGGGACUGUGUCCCAUGCCACCUUAUUGUCAUCUUCCCAAGUGAGCUGUGGGAGACCUAGGAGGACACAGGGAGGAGGCUGUGGAGUCUGGGUAGGGGAAACCUGCUCUUGGUCAGGGAGGAGUUCUGGUCCCAUAAGAGGGAAGGGUGGCAUCCUGCCAUCCCCCCCUUUCCCCAUGCAAAUCAAUCUACUACCCAGUCACUGCCCCCGUGUAGAAAUCAGGAUCCUUCUGGGUACCCAGGGCCACCAACUUCUGCUUUGGGGAUUUUUCAGAAGUUCCCUAGCCCCGUCCUUAUUUGUAUGCACACUUGCCUAAGCCAUGCUUAUGAUCCUCCUUCAUCUUCCCGCUCACUGCAGGACCCUCCCAAAUAACAAACUGCUCUCUGAGAUUAAAAGCCCUGGUACCAACAACAUUUUCUCUGCCGGAGACAGGGGUACAGAAGCAGUACCCCUCCCUCCCUUUCCGAACUGUAGAUUUUGCCUGUCAAGGGAAUGGGGUACCCAAUACUUUGCAAUUAAUAGAUUGUGGAAUUAAUGUAAUCAUUUAUGAAAAAUGCUUUGUAAACUGCAGACGGCUCCAAGGCCACCCAAAGGUCAAUGAGUGUCAUUGUGAAGAAUACCCGCUCCCUAGGAGGGACGUCGGAUAGCGGUCCAACCUCAAAGUCCUUAGUGCGGGGGAGCUGAGAGCCCAGACCGGUUUCCUAGGGCUCCGGGCCUUGAUCAGGGCUGGGGAAGAGUACUUGGGAUUGGGGAACGGCAGAACCGUGUGAGAGGUACCCUGGGGAGAAAGGCAAACAUGGCGGACUACCUGAUCAGCGGCGGCACCGGCUACGUGCCCGAGGACGGGCUCACCGCGCAGCAGCUCUUCGCCAGCGCCGACGGCCUCACCUACAACGACUUCCUGAUCCUCCCAGGAUUCAUAGACUUCAUUGCCGAUGAGGUGGACCUGACCUCAGCCUUGACCCGGAAGAUCACGCUGAAGACACCGCUGAUCUCCUCCCCCAUGGACACUGUGACAGAGGCCGACAUGGCCAUUGCAAUGGCUCUGAUGGGAGGUAUUGGUUUCAUUCACCACAACUGCACCCCAGAGUUCCAGGCCAACGAGGUGCGGAAGGUCAAGAAGUUUGAACAGGGCUUCAUUACGGACCCCGUGGUGCUGAGCCCCUCGCACACUGUGGGCGAUGUGCUGGAGGCCAAGAUGCGGCAUGGCUUCUCUGGCAUCCCCAUCACUGAGACGGGCACCAUGGGCAGCAAGCUGGUGGGCAUCGUCACCUCCCGAGACAUCGACUUUCUUGCUGAGAAGGACCACACCACCCUCCUCAGUGAGGUGAUGACACCAAGGAUCGAGCUGGUGGUGGCUCCAGCAGGCGUGACAUUGAAAGAGGCAAAUGAGAUCCUGCAGCGUAGCAAGAAAGGGAAGCUGCCUAUUGUCAAUGAUCACGAUGAACUGGUGGCCAUCAUCGCCCGCACCGACCUGAAGAAGAACCGAGACUACCCUCUGGCCUCCAAGGAUUCCCACAAGCAGCUGCUGUGUGGGGCAGCUGUGGGCACCCGUGAGGAUGACAAAUACCGCCUGGACCUGCUCACCCAGGCAGGCGUCGAUGUCAUAGUUUUGGACUCGUCCCAAGGGAACUCGGUGUAUCAGAUCGCCAUGGUGCAUUACAUCAAACAGAAGUACCCCCACCUCCAGGUGAUUGGGGGGAACGUGGUGACAGCAGCCCAGGCCAAGAACCUGAUUGACGCUGGUGUGGACGGGCUGCGCGUGGGCAUGGGCUGCGGCUCCAUCUGCAUCACCCAGGAAGUGAUGGCCUGCGGUCGGCCCCAGGGCACUGCUGUGUACAAGGUGGCCGAGUAUGCUCGGCGCUUUGGUGUGCCCAUCAUAGCUGAUGGCGGCAUCCAGACCGUGGGGCACGUGGUCAAGGCCCUGGCCCUUGGAGCCUCCACAGUGAUGAUGGGCUCCCUGCUGGCUGCCACCACGGAGGCCCCUGGUGAGUACUUCUUCUCAGACGGAGUGCGGCUCAAGAAAUACCGGGGCAUGGGCUCGCUGGAUGCCAUGGAGAAGAGCAGCAGCAGCCAGAAACGAUACUUCAGCGAGGGGGAUAAGGUGAAGAUCGCACAGGGUGUCUCAGGUUCCAUCCAGGACAAAGGGUCCAUUCAGAAGUUCGUGCCCUACCUCAUAGCAGGCAUCCAGCAUGGCUGCCAGGAUAUUGGGGCCCGCAGCCUGUCCGUCCUUCGGUCCAUGAUGUACUCAGGAGAGCUCAAGUUUGAGAAGCGGACCAUGUCGGCCCAGAUCGAGGGUGGCGUCCAUGGCCUGCACUCCUAUACCUUUCUGCCGUUUACGAGAAGCGGCUGUACUGAGGAUAGCAGCGGAGGCCGAGGUGGCAGAGGGGGCACACCCCAGUGUCUGCCUUCAGACGCAGCCUCCCUCCAUAACUGAGUGGUCCACAGAUUUGCACUACGGGUUCCCCAGCUCCUUUCCAGGGAGAGAGGGGGGGAGGCCCUGAGGGGCCUGCGGCCCCUCGCUGGGCAUCCCCCACAGAGUCAGGACUGCUCCCUGGGUCAGGCUGCCCUGGGAGCCCCCCGCCCGAGCCCAGCCAGCCGGGAUCUCAGGCCCUGUGCCUGCCUCAGGUCUUUCUUGCUGCAGCCUGCUCCAGCCCAGCCCCCACCCCAGGGGCAGGCAGCCCCUCCUGGCUUCUCCUGUAGGGCACCUCCCUGCCCCCAGCCCCUUAGGAAAUGGUGCUCUCCUGGCCCUGCCUCUGGCCUUUCCUGGGCCGCUGCCCCCUCAGCCAUGUGGCACUUCUGAGCUCCUGACCUAGGCCAAGGGGAGGUCUCUGCCCCCUUCCCAGGCCCUGGGCUACUCUUGGGUCCUGCUCCUGAGGCCACUCCCCUGUCCCUGGCCCUGGGGAGGAGGCUGCCCUGGUCAUGGCUGCCUGCCCGUCAUUCCUGACUCACCAUCAUCCCCAGGUGUACCAUUCCUGCCCUCUCCUCAGCUGCAGUUGAAGGCUUUAACUUUGCACACUUUGGGAUUACAAUUGCGUCAUUGCAUAUUAAAUAAUCGGAAUAAAUCAAGCAGGUCUCAACGUCUCCACCA